AUGGAAGGUGAUAGUGGCAUGUCAGAUGUUGGCGAGACAACAGCUCAUGCUGCUGUUAGGUUUUAUGCUGAUAAUGCAGAAGUAAAAUUUCUCCCGGUGACUCAUAUCCAACACUAUGAUCCAAAAGAAAAAAAGUUUCCCUAUGAUGCUAAGGUGAAAAGUGGAAAGGGUGCUGAAGGCCAAGAUAUGUUUGAACCAGCAGUAAUUCUGGAAAUCGCUGCAGAUAAGGAAACGUUACAAGCUAAAAAAAGAAGAUGGCCUAAGCCAAAUAAGAGACUCAGCACUGUUCUCCACGAGUUAGCUCAGAAGCACCAGGAUCAAGAAGUUAAUGGAAAGGAAAAGGCAAAAGGGAAAGGAAAAGCUAAAAAAGGGAUAUUCUCAACGACGUCAUCAAAUAAGGACCAAAUGCUGCCCUCUCCACUCUCAGUAGCAGAUGCAGAAACAGCUAUGGGCAGCAAAUUAAAAAUGCUGCAAAGUAAUUUAGAAUUUAAUGAAGCUACCACAACUAAAGAAUUUGAGAAAGACAAACGUAUAAUGGAAUUAGAAGAGCAAUUAAAAGCACUUCAAAAAAAAAUGCAAGGACAGUCAAAUAAUUCUUCGAAUUAUAGCCCUAGUACUUCAGCUUCCCCUAGCAUGAAUGAUAUUUAUACCCCACAAUCUGCACGUUACUCAAGGACAAAUCCUCUAUUACCAUGCAAUAUUAUCCUUAAAGAUGUACUGGAUACUUCCUAUAGCUCAAACGUGAAUUUUCGUUUAUCUCCAGCAAAUAAAGUAUCAACUAGCAAAGCAUUAGAAAGCAGACCAUCCACAAGUGGAAUACAAAAACAUUCACAAAAGAGAGCAGUUGCCGAGAAAAGAAGAAAUAUCAGGAAGGAGCCAGAUAAGAAACCAAAGAAUAAAAAGUACAAAAAAAAACUAAAAAGUGUCCUAUACGAUUCAGACGACUAUAUUCAGUCAGAUUGCGAAAUAAAGAGGCGGAGACUCACCACCUGGGAAGAGGAAGCGACGGAAGACAAACCAGCGAAAAAACGCGCUAUUAUACAGCAAUUUGGAAGGAAACUUGGUACUAUAAUUGCUCAAGAAAGGCAAACUUAUUCUACUUGCUCUGACGAGCUUCGCGAAGAAAAAUAUAAUAAAAAUGUAAAUGAAUCUGAUGAUAAUGAGGAUGAGGAUGAGGAUGAGAAUCAUGAUGAAGAUCAGAAUGAGGACGACGAAGAGAAUAACGAUAAUGGUGAUUCUGAGAUUAAUGAAGAUGAUCUGGAAUAUGAUUGA